UCUCCUCAUUACAUGUUUUUCUUAUUCACAUUUUAUCGUUCUCCUCCAUUUUCCAGGUUUCCUUUAUCUCAUUUCAUUUUUCGUCUUUAAUGUUUACUCUCCUGAUUUUUUUUCUUGACUCCCCUGGUCACCAUCUAGUUAUCCAUCUGUCUCUUACACUCUCACUUACACCCAUAUCUUUAUCCUGUCUCACAGCCACACUUACUUCCACACCUCAGUCUCCUGCAUUCUUUUUACCACGUCCUCGCCCUAACGUACGUCCUGCUCGUCCUCGCCAAACAUUCCUAUACCCACACCCACGCCUAUACUCUACCUCUAGUCCUCCCUCCUAAUCCUUCCUCACCCCUUUUCGUGCCCUCCGCUGCCCUGCUGCAAGAUGUCCUUCGGCAGUCUGACGCCUCCCGUGCGGCGCCGAGGGAAAGAUAUCAAGCCUUCCAACAAUGCGAUGGAUAUGGAAUCAAUCCGCGCCCGUCGCGCCCGACUCGAAGAGAUUAUCCACUCCAUGCGCCUCCCGCCUCUGACACAGGACUCGCAAUCAGUCCACGGCUCCUUAUCGCUCCUGAAGGGACAGGAAACUAGGGGUCCUCCCUCCGACUGGCUGUCCAGUAGACGUGGGCCGUCGCUCUCGGAUCCCAACACGCCCUUGAAGUCGUCCACAAGCAGAAGACCCCAGCCGCUGACACCCGACAAAGGCGUUCAGUCCUAUCCCUUCGUGAGCAGACCGUAUGCCAUCCCAUUGCCAGGUAUUGGCCAGCGAUCCCACUUGACGCCUACUCCGCUGCCUCAAAGAGGGACUGGGUUACCAGUGGAAGAGGGCGGGUCCGAGGCCGAUGAUGAGGAAGAAGAUGUCGACAAGAAAGAUAGCCCCGAAGUUCUUAAAAAUAUCGUGAAAGGACUCGGAAGCCAUAGCUCUUCUAGGCAAAUGUCAUGUGCGAUAAAAGCCCGAAAGAUGCUUUCUAGAGAUUCCAAUCCACCAAUUGAGGCUUUCUUGGAAGCUGGGAUUUUGAAUCCUCUCUUACCGCUUAUGCAAGAAAAUGACAAUCCCAAGCUGCAAUUUGAAGCUACAUGGGCUUUGACCAAUAUAGCUUCUGGGAACUCUAAACAGACUGCGGCUGUCGUAGAGUCUGGUUCAAUACCUAUACUUGUGAAACUCCUAGAGUCAAGUGAGGGAGAGGUGCGUGAACAAGCUGCCUGGGCGCUGGGGAACGUAGCAGGAGACGGGCCGAAAUCCAGAGACGCCGUAUUGUUAGGGGGGAUCUUACAACCCCUUGUAAAUAUCAUAGAGACUGGUGAAAAAGAAGGCCCAACUAAGGUGUCUACAGUACGAGUGGUAGCAUGGGUGUUUGCUAAUAUCUUUCGUAAUAAGAACCUUGCACUCACCCCAGAAGAGCUGAAGGAAUCCAUCGCCACUCUCAAGGUGUUAGUCAACUAUCCUGACGAAGAGGUCAACGUGGACGCUUUGUGGGCCCUUUCGUACCUGUCAGAGCAGGGCGAUGAAGAGAUCGAGGGAGUGCUCCGUGAGGACCUCCUUCCCGUCAUCGUGCGUCACCUGGGGUCAGAUAGGAGUCAGAUGAUUGUUCCUGCUCUACGGGCAACAGGCAAUAUCGUUAGCGGCAACGACUUGCAGACGGAAGCUGCCCUGGCGGCUGGUGUUUUGCCACUGUACAAGCAGUUGUUGCGGAACACACGCAGGAACAUUCGUAAAGAGACGGCGUGGGCUCUCUCCAACGUCACGGCUGGAACCAAAAGGCAGAUCCAGCAGGUGGUUGACGAGGAUCUACUUCUUGAUCUCGUCAAGGUUAUUAAGGAGGGAUUCCUAGACGUACAAAAGGAAGCGACGUGGGCGCUCUCCAACCUAACCUCGGGAGGCACGUCGAGCCAGAUUGAAGCCCUGGUUGCUGCAGGCGGCGUGGAAGCACUCGUAACAGUCUUAGGCGUUUUUGAAACCUCUGUCGUCACUGUGGCUCUCGAGGGGCUUGAUAACAUCCUGGCGGAGUGUGAGAACAAACAAGCAAUCGUUCAAGAGAUAGCAGAGGCUGGAGGAAAACAAAAACUCGAGAUCCUACAACGGAACACGGAUGAGACAGUGAGUAGCAAAGCCAAAGCUCUACUUGAAAUGCAUUUUGAUAACAAGAGAGACAACAGUGAUGAGAGCGAUAUAGAAAGCCAGGGAGAUGCUUUGGUUAACUAAAGCCUAAGAAAGCCAUGUAUUCGUUGGAUCUUGCGUUGCCAAAGAACGGCUGUGGAUUCAUCAUAAUGGCAAUCAUGGAUCCCUAGCGUCUUAACGAUGCACAGAAAAGGGAAAGCAGAAAACGAGCAAUUUGCGGAAUGCAGACUCUUCAACAGCAGGGAGUGAAUGCUAACCUCAUAUAUAUACUCAUACAAACUGAAAAUACUUUAAAACUCAGUUAUUAUUUUAAAGUUAAAAAAAAACACCAUACCUGACAACGUUGAUAUAAUCUUUCACUAGAUAGAGAAAAAGGAAAACCUCAAACGUAGAUAAAAAGAAAGGAUCGGUUUCAUGACGAAAUAU